CGGUGCUUGCGGUGAUUUUGUAAUUAUUAGUAUAGUUCGACUAUAAAAGGGGAAAAGUCCAAGUUAAUUCAUGGAAAAAACUAUUUUUAUGUAAUUCUUCGAGUUGCAAUACUUAGUUUUUAAAAAUAUAGAUUUAAAAACAUUAAAAAUGAAUCCAGCAGCCACUCCAACUUUAAUGAAAGACCAAUAUGGAGAUGAUUGGUGGAUGUCUUUGCAUAAGCGUUUCCUAAUUGAAUCAACUGAACAAGAACCUGAUGUGCUUUUCAUUGGAGAUUUUACUGUUUCUAUGAUAGCUCAUACUGAUAUGUGGGAGAAACUUUUUAUUGGAAUGCAUUGCUUAAAUUUUGGAAUUGCUGAAGAUCAAACUCAACAUGUUUUGUGGAGAAUAGAAAAUGGAGAAAUUGAUACACUUAAUCCAAAGAUUGUAGUUUUGGGUGUUGGCACUAACAAUCAUGACAAUACCGUGGAGCAGAUCUUGGAGGGAAUUCAUGCUUGUGUAAAAGCAAUUACUGCUAGACAUCCUUCUGCAACAGUAGUUGUUGUUAAAUUGUUUCCUUCUGGUCAGAAUCCAAAUCCUGUGAGAAAAAAGAUAGAAGAAGUUAACAAACAGUUAGAAGGCAUUCUCCAUGGCAUUUCUCAAGUUCAAGUAGUUAAUUUGGAUCCGGGUUUUGUGCAAAUAGAUGGUACAAUUAGUCAUCAUGAUAUGUAUGACUAUCGUCAUUUGACCCGUCAUGCAGCUCGAAGAGCAUAUGAACCAUUAGCAGAUCUUCUCCAGCAACUAAUAUGUGAGAGGUCUGGUACAGAAUCUGCUUCCUAUGAUUAAACUUUUCCGUUUGUAAAAAAUUCUUACAGAAUUAAGUCACACUUAAAGCACUUAAUAUCUGAUAAAUAUGAGGCAUUUAUUUAUUAAUAUUCCAUUAAUAACUUCUUAAAUGAGGGUAAAUUUUAUUUGUUGCAUGCAAAACUGAGGAAAAACUUAAAUUUUUGUUUUUUUGCAAUACUUUAAAAAUUCUGUGUAUAUAUUUUUACUUUUUGUUGAUCUCCAAUAUUAAAAAUGUGUUGUGUUUAGGAUAGUAUAUAUACAACAUUUGAAAAUUUCGUCGUUUAAAAGUUAUUAUUAUUUUACGGAACACACAAUAAAAACAAGUGGCAUUAACGGGAUCAAAAUAUCGUUGUAGCUUAUUCGUGUAGCUAAUGGAUACACGUACUGCACAUGCCAUAACAUAAAAUAUAUCACUAAGUAAACACUGUGCCUUUUGUAAGAGUGUGUCAUUUCAUUUUUUCAAAAUAAAGAAAAUUUCUUAUAAAUCUUCUUCCUCUGCUGUGGCCUUAGCACUUGCAUAAAUGCUCAUAUUUUACAAAUAAAUAAAUAAAAUAUCUGCCAUUAACAAGUCAAAAAGUUUAGCUUUGUUAUGUUUAAAAGUUUAUUGCUAAUAUUAAGUUUAAAAAUUCUCUAAAUAAAUGGUUAGAAUGAGUAAUAAAACUUUCUAAUUAAUUUUUUAAUUAAAAAAUUUUGUAUAUAACUGAAAAAUUAUUUUCUAUAAAGCUUUUUGAUAUUGCAGUCUUUCUAUUCACAUGCAGAUAUUUAGGGAAAAGGUUUGAAUACAUUUAUUGUAAAUGUGAUGCACUCAGGAUCUGCCUGUAUUUGAAUAUACAUAAUUACAGGUUUAUCACUUUGUAAAUAUUUAGUGUAAUAUCAAUAAGUGUAUGUGUGGAUGCAAAUGUAACAAAUUCUCAAGAAGAAAAUAUAAAUGCAAAAAAAAAGCCAAAAUGUGCAAUUAUUAUUGUGUAAAAAAUUUAUAUUAACA